UCUGGCAACGCUGUAAUCAUAUUUCCCUCAUUAACGGGAAUGCCUCCCUCCCUGUCUGGCCUCUGCGUGGUGGGGAGUGCUGGUGUUGGGAAAUGAAGGAAUAUACAUGUAUAUAGAAGAGAAAGGAAAUUUUGAAAAUAAGAUUGUAUGAAGUAGUAGCAGCAGCAGCAUCAGCAGGUAUACUACUACUGCUACUACUACAUAUAACUCACAGCAGCGAAUAAAUAAAUAAAAAGCUUGAAAACUUAUAUGAUAAACAGCUGCCUUUUCUUCUGAGUACUAUAUUUUUCUCCAUUAUAGAUAAUUCUUGUGUACAUUUUAUUGAUCUUUUAUUUUUAUUUAUUUACUUAUUUAUUUAUCCAAAGAUCAAGAGCAAUACGAGGUUUUGGGCCAGAGCCUAAAAUAGAGGAGGUACUGUUCUCAUAUUUACUCUUCAUAUUAGGACAUUGAGGCUUCUUGAGAUGCUGAUCAGCGAAGACGUAACACGUAAAUAAAUAAGGAUACAUGGGCGUCGUAGGACACUGGGUGGCAAGAAGAGGACACACAAAUAACUAAAGUAUAAUUUUAUAAGCACAAAUUGUGUUAGUGUUGUUCCCCCUCCUGCUGCCUGCAAUGGAAGUCAUCUUGGCAUACUUUCACAAUCAUGCCUUGAGGAGGGAGAGGCUCUUGAGGGAUCACUUUGACCCCCUGUCAGUAAGUGAUAUUGAGCUUAUAGCCAAAUAUCGCUUUCCUUGACAUGAGCUGAUACUCAUGUUUGAGGAGAUGGAGCCUCAGUUGCAGAGGAGGACUCACCAUAACCACACACUGCCUACCCACACCCAGGUUUUGCUGGCUCUGAAGUUCUUUGCAAGUGGCUUCUUACAAAAUGUCACCAGAGACACUGCUGACAAAAAAUCUUGUCAGCGAGUGUGGUAUGUGUAUGGACCCUUGACCCCUAUCUCAUGGUGCCAGUGAGUAACCCCACUACAGCAGCAGAACAGCAAUAUAACAGGGCCCAUGCUCAGACGAGGGUCAUUGUGGAGCAGACAGUUGGGAUGCUUAAGAGUCACUUCAGGUGUCUGCAUUCUUCAAGUGGCUGCCUACAAUAUACACCAAUCAUGUGUGUUAAAAUCACAAAUGCAUGCUUGCUCCUACACAAUCGCUGCAUGAAGUGCGGCGUUCCCAUUCCUGAUGAUCUACCACCUCUUCCAAAUGAAGAGCUGCCACAUGUUGAUGCCAACCCUGCUUUUCACUGGAGGGGUCAGCGUACUCAAGGCAUAGUUACGCGGCAGGAACUCAUACAAAACUUCUUCAGCAAUGAACAGAGGGAUGAUGAUGAUGAGGAAGAGCAGGAGGAGGCAAAUGUGAAGAGUAAGAGAAGAAGAAGAAGAAGAAGAAAGAGAUCUCUCAUGAAUAUUCUCAUAGUGUAGGGAAGGAGGAAGAUGUUUGUUGGGUUCCUGAAGAUGCAUUGACAUGUUAUCCUCCACACUUGCUUCCCCACCCCAGUGCACCGCAAGACAACGGGCAUCAAGAAGGAUGGGAGUGGCUAUACCACUGAGCAGGAUGGCAUUAUAUUCCUACCACAUGAGUACAACUUCAGCAAUGUCUAGAAUAAAGUGUUGAUUAGCCAUGAUGAUCCAGUGCUACUAACACCAAAGAAGUGAAGUAAGGGGAGGUGCAGCCCUUUGGAUUGAGCCUGCAAGACAUACAACAGAGAUCAAACUACUACUGCCAGUGUGGCUGAAGGGACAGGAAGAGGAGGGGGAUUCUUGGAGAGAUACCAAAGAAGUGUUGAAGGUUGGCCACAAAUCUUCAUUAUAUUGGUGUAGCGUAUUUUAUAGAUAAUUUUUAGAUUGGGUGGAUAAAUUUGUAGAUUUUGUAGACAGAUUUGUAGGUAUGGUGGAUGAAGUUUUUUGCAAUGCCUUAUUUAUACCUGCAAAAGAAAGUGAUCUGUAGAAGUUGUGAACAGCAUUGUGAUAUGAAUGUACAGUGUACAUAUGUAUGAAGUAUUUAAUAGAGGAAAGUGUAGACAUCACUCAUCAUUCCUGUCACCCACCCAUCAUGGUCGUUUAUGUGUUUAUGACUAGUAUAUUCACUCCAUGCUGGAAUUCACCACGAAGAUCACAUCAGAAACAUAUUGUGAAGAUAAUGUUCCUUGUUACGAGAAGCUGUUUUUGUUGUGACGGGCUGUAACAAGCAUGCUGUCUAGUCACAUCAACUGUUCAUCUGUAGAUGUCUUGCAGCCAUGUCGUGACAGUAGAUUCGUAAGUAAUUCUUAAGGGUAGUAGUGGAGUGUUUGUUCCUAUUGCAGGGUGUGAUGUAGAUGCAAGGACAGUGUUACAUGUGGCUUUGUGAGAUGGCAAGGAAUAAUAAUCAGAAGGACCUGUUCUUUGUUGUGUGUCUCAAGUAUAGAUCACAAAUGUGUUCUUUUUUUAUCUGAGGUAAAGUACAAAGGUAUUGUUCAGUGUUUCCUAAGAUGUGACACACUGGUGGCAAAUGUGAGUGUUUCAUUGCAAUACUUAAUUUAUGUUUCUGGCCACUGUCUUGUCAUAUGCUGCAGGUUUUGGUACCUGUAUUUAUUUUUUAUACCUAGUGAUAUGAUAACUUGUGAUUGAUACUUCUAUAUAUUUCUAAAGACAACAUAUUAUCUAUUAAUAUAAUAAAAUGCAUAAUGUAU